AUGGGGAGCCGGGGUCCCAGUGGCCCACCCCUGGUGCAGGCUCCUUACACAGUUCUGCUGCUGCCACUGGGGACAAGCCGCCAAGACUCAGGGGCCCAGAGCUUCUUCCUUUGGCUGCAGAGAAUGCAGGCUCUGGAGAGAGAACAGGAUGCCCUGUGGCAGGGGCUGGAGCUGCUGGACCAUGGCCAGGCCUGGUUUGAAGACCAUCUGAGGGAGGCACAGCGACAGCAGCUACAUCUGGGGGCCCUUGGUGAGAAUUUUCUGACAGAUUUACACCCAGAGCCUGGUGGCCCCCAGUUAACCCAGAUUCAAAAGGUGAACAUCUGUCUGCAGAAUCUGAUUCAGAAGAAGUUCUCCCCACAUCCAUUAAACAAAACUCAUUCUCGUGCCAUUCAGGUCCAGAAGGAAAAGCCAUGGAAACAGAACCUGUGCCAAAAGGAGUUGUCAAGGCAGCAGAAGGAAGUCAACCAGCCUAAGGAGGAGGUGGUUCAGCCAGGCUUCCCCCAGGGCUGGAGGCCCCACCCGAGUGUGAACCCUCCUCUCACGCCCCUCAGUCUGGUGUAGGAGGAGGCUGAGUCAGGUCCUUCCA